UGAAGACACACUAAGUAGAUAUACAGUAAGAGCGAAAAAUGGAAAAAGACACCUCUGAUAUAUCCAGAAAUAUCAAUAAUACAUCUGGACUUCAAACACAGUCAGGGCAAGGACGAAGGAAAGGCACAAAAGCGCAAGGAAACAGAUGUUUGGUGUUGAUCACAGUGAGUCUCGGGAUUGUUUGUAUUCUGCUGUUGAUCACCAUCAUUCUGCAGCACUUCAUGAUCACAGCAGAGAGAGACAAGAUAAAGAGUUACAAGAACACAGCUGAAGGAUUCAAUCAAACUAGGUUCUGCUUACAUAGCAGAUACACUGAAGUAGAAGAGAAGAAACUGGAGUUAGAAAGCAAAGAUACUCCUUUGAGUAAUGAACUAAAGAAGGAAGCUUCCAAACAAGGAAACCUGUGUGCUGCAGAUGGAUUUUUCACCUCCAUUGAAAUGAAGAAUUGGUCUGACAGCAGACAGUUUUGCAGGGAUCAUGGUUUAGAUCUGCUCAUUAUCAAGAGUAAAGUGAAGCAGACCACCGUGUCUAAAUUUAUCAAGGAGAAGAUGGGUGUGACUGUGUGGAUUGGAUUGUCCGACAUAGAGAAAGAGGGCAGCAUGAAAUGGGUGGAUAAUUCACCACUGAAUAAUGGGUCUUGGAUGAAGGGUGAGCCAAAUGACGUAGCUGGAAAUGAAGACUGUGUUAUAAUGAAUCCAACCUCCAUCCUGGAAAACUGGAAUGAUAUCCCAUGCGCAGAAAAGGGCAGGUUUCUUUGUGAAUAAUAUGCUUCAUUGUGUAUGGUCAUGAAUAUACUUGUAUUAAAAAAAAAAGAUAAAAAGAUUCCUGUCUUUUAAAACCCUAAAACAUGCUCAAAUUCACCCUGUUAUUUUGAUAAUAUAAGGUUUGAGAAACUGCUUUCGAAUCAAAUUGCUUUAUCAUUGAAUAAAAUGACCAAUAACUAUUAACUCUUUCCCUGCCAGCGUUUAUGAAGUUGCCAGCCACUGCCAGUAUUUUUGAUGACUUUCACUAAAAUGUUAUGGCCCCCAGAAUAUUUUGUUGUAUGCAUAUCUGAACAUGCAACACACCAAAAUAAAGAUCAGAGCCUGUACUUUUAAACCCAAAAAAUCUGCUUGAAACAUUCUUUUUGUUUUUUUAUAAACACAUGAAUGUAGAAACGUUUCAUUAAAAAGCAUCAUAAAGCAAAAUGCUGAGAAACUCAUUUUUUAUCAAAGACUACAUCUGUAUUAAAUUCAGUUCGAUGAUCAAAGCAAAGAUGCAGUAGAUUGCUUCCAUCAGCACCCACUAAGCUUCACAGCCCUUAACCACUUCCUGGAUCCUCAUUUCACUCUGUAACAUUAGGGAGUUUUCGUUUAUAUGCGGUUAGUGUUGAUGAUUGCAUUAUUUUUCAUAUCCUUACAUGAGAUUGCUCAUUUCUGUGCUUUUGAUCUAAAAAAUUGAAUGUGCACUGUGCAAUGUCCGAACUGAUUGCACUG